CGUUUCCUCUCUCCAACAUGGCGCAGGAGGCAGGUCGUUAAUGGCAAUCUGAGGGAUUUACCCCACCUUCUGUGUUUAUUUAUGUUUGUCUGUCAGGGUUUCUGUGGCUGACAUUUGUAACGGAAUACAUCUCCAUUCGAGGCGGCUGCAGCCCCCCUUGGGACCGGGCACACCUCGCUCCAAAUUCCGGUGCGACAUGUAUGAAGGCAAAAAGACGAAAAACAUGUUCCUUACACGAGCUUUGGAAAAGAUCCUGGCCGACAAAGAGGUGAAAAAGGCUCACCAUUCACAGCUGCGCAAAGCCUGCGAGGUGGCACUGGAUGAAAUCAAAGAGGAAUCAGAAAAAUUAAGUCCGCCCACUGGAGAUGGCAAAUCGGGCUCCAGUACUUUACCGCCAAUCAAAUCAAAGACCAACUUCAUUGAAGCCGACAAGUACUUCUUGCCGUUUGAGCUGGCAUGUCAGUCCAAAUGUCCCCGCAUCGUCAUCACCUCACUCGACUGUUUACAGAAGCUGAUAGCUUAUGGCCACCUGACGGGCAGCGCCCCGGACAGCACGGCUCCUGGCAAGAAACUCAUCGACAGAAUCAUCGAAACCAUCUGUGCUUGCUUCCAAGGACCGCAGACUGAUGAGGGCGUGCAGCUACAGAUCAUCAAGGCCCUGUUGACAGCCGUGACCUCUCAGCACAUAGAAAUCCACGAGGGUACCGUGCUGCAGGCCGUCCGCACCUGCUACAACAUCUACCUGGCCAGCAAAAACCUCAUCAACCAGACCACAGCGAAAGCCACACUGACACAGAUGCUCAACGUCAUUUUUGCACGCAUGGAGAACCAAGCACUUACAAAUCACAAGCUAUCUUGGUCUCUGGCCUCCAGAAAGCGUGACCGCCAGCUGCAGGAAGUAAAACAGCUGGAAAGAGAGCGGCACCGGCAGCACUCCCCAGUCACCCAGCACACAGAGCCAGACUCCCCCCAGCUCCAGACUCACAUUCCCCCGCCAGUCAAAGCUCUGGCCAAUGAGGCCAACGGGCCUGUCAGCCCUCCAACUCCCAGCAUCACCAUCCCAUCCACACCAUCCACCCCUUCAACCCCGGCACCGGAGUCCAGCAAGAGGUCUGCUUCUAGGGAGCAAGAGGAGGAGCCUGGAGAGCAAGGGCCUGUCUACGAGAACCCAGAUCCAGAGAAUGGUUCUGAAUUCUUUGUAGCUGAAAAUGAACAGACUGAGGCAGACCAAGCCACUGCAGCAGCGCAGAAUGCAGCAGCCCAGCAGCAUGAAGGAGCAGGUGAGGAAGAGGAGGAAGAUACCCCAAACUAUGAAGAGAAAGCCCAGGAAAUAGUCCAGAGUAUUCUGCAGGAGGUGGUCAAUACUGUGGCAGGAGGCCACUGCCUGGACCCCGCAAACCUCUGCUCAGACACCAAGGAGUCUGGCAACGAGGGCGAGCCGGCAGAGCCAGAGCCGGCUGAAGUGGCGACGGAGGGCACCCAGAGCUCCAUGGAGGAUGAGAGUACGCUGGGGAGCGACAACGAGCAUGUUCAUGCAAACGGCAUCCCCGGCACACCAAUUUCUGCCAGCUUCACCCCCUCGCUGCCUGACGACAGGCUGUCUGUCUCGUCCACUGACACUCAGGAAUCGGGGGCAACACCAGGUCAGCCACCAGGAGCUAAAUUCUCCCACAUCCUCCAGAAAGAUGCCUUUCUUGUCUUUCGCUCGCUUUGCAAGCUCUCAAUGAAGCCACUGUCAGACGGACCACCUGAUCCUAAGUCUCAUGAGCUGCGAUCAAAGGUCUUGUCCCUCCAGCUGCUGCUAUCCAUCCUGCAGAAUGCUGGGCCCAUCUUCAAGACCAAUGAGAUGUUCAUAAACGCCAUCAAGCAGUACCUGUGUGUGGCCCUGUCUAAGAACGGUGUUUCCUCUGUGCCUGAAGUCUUUGAGCUCUCGCUCUCUAUUUUUCUUACUCUGCUCUCCCACUUCAAGACACACCUCAAGAUGCAAAUCGAGGUGUUCUUCAAAGAGAUUUUCUUGUAUAUCCUUGAGACGUCCACUAGCUCCUAUGAUCACAAGUGGAUGGUCAUACAAACCCUUACUAGAAUAUGUGCAGAUGCCCAGAGUGUAGUAGACAUUUAUGUGAACUAUGAUUGUGACUUGAAUGCUGCUAACAUAUUUGAACGGUUGGUCAACGACCUUUCAAAAAUCGCACAGGGUCGGGGAGGUCAUGAACUUGGCACAACACCUCAACAGGAGCUGACCCUAAGAAAGAAGGGACUUGAAUGUCUAGUCUCCAUCCUGAAAUGUAUGGUAGAAUGGAGUAAAGACCAAUACGUCAACCCCAAUUCCCAGACCAGUCUUGGCCAAGAAAAACCUUCGGAACAGGAGAGCACAGACACCAAGGCCCCAGAGACCAUUAAUCGUUAUGGGAGCAUUAACUCUCUGGACUCCACAGCCUCGUCUGGCAUUGGAAGCUACAGCACACAGAUGUCAGGCACUGACAACCCUGAACAGUUUGAAGUCCUCAAACAGCAGAAGGAGAUAAUCGAGCAAGGCAUUGACCUAUUCAACAAAAAACCAAAGAGAGGAAUCCAAUACCUGCAAGAGCAAGGCAUGCUGGGUACAACACCGGAAGACCUUGCUCAGUUCUUGCACCAGGAGGAGAGGCUAGACUCGACUCAAGUGGGAGAAUUCCUUGGGGAUAAUGACCGUUUCAAUAAAGAAGUUAUGUAUGCCUACGUGGAUCAAAUGGACUUCCAAGGCAAAGACUUUGUUUCAGCACUGAGGAUGUUCCUGGAGGGCUUUCGGCUCCCCGGUGAAGCCCAGAAGAUCGACCGACUCAUGGAAAAAUUUGCUGCAAGAUAUCUUGAAUGCAACCAGGGACAAACCCUCUUUGCCAGUGCUGACACCGCUUACGUCCUUGCCUACUCCAUUAUUAUGUUGACAACAGACCUUCAUAGUCCACAGGUGAAGAAUAAAAUGACGAAAGAGCAAUAUAUCAAGAUGAAUCGAGGCAUUAAUGACAGCAAAGACCUACCUGAGGAAUACCUCUCAGCCAUAUAUGACGAGAUCGCAGGGAAGAAGAUUGCCAUGAAGGAGACCAAAGAACUCACCAUGAAGUCUAACAAGCAGAGUGUGGCCAGUGAAAAGCAGAGGCGCCUGCUAUACAACGUGGAGAUGGAGCAGAUGGCCAAGACAGCCAAAGCGCUAAUGGAGGCUGUCAGCCACGUCCAGGCUCCAUUCACCAGUGCCACACAUCUGGAGCAUGUUAGGCCCAUGUUUAAGCUGGCGUGGACGCCCUUCCUGGCUGCUUUCAGUGUGGGUCUCCAGGACUGUGAUGACACUGAAGUGGCCUCGCUGUGUCUUGAAGGAAUCCGCUGUGCUAUCAGGAUAGCUUGCAUCUUCUCCAUACAGUUGGAGAGGGAUGCCUAUGUGCAGGCUCUGGCAAGGUUCACCCUGCUGACAGCUAGCUCUGGCAUUGCAGAAAUGAAGCAGAAGAACAUUGACACCAUCAAGACCCUCAUCACUGUGGCUCACACUGAUGGCAACUAUCUGGGCAACUCCUGGCAUGAGAUCCUGAAGUGCAUUAGUCAGUUGGAGCUGGCUCAGCUGAUUGGUACAGGGGUGAAGGCACGCUACAUCUCAGGGACUGUGCGUGGCAAAGAGGGCUUUAUUGCGAGUACAAAGGAGCAGAGCAACGACGAGUACCUGGGCUUAGUUGGAGGGACUGUGGACCGCAAGCAAAUUGCCAGCAUUCAGGAAUCUAUUGGAGAGACCAGCUCUCAGAGUGUGGUGGUAGCUGUGGACAGGAUAUUCACAGGCUCUACCAGACUGGAUGGUAACGCAAUAGUGGAUUUUGUGCGCUGGCUCUGUGCUGUGUCCAUGGAUGAGCUGGCCUCGCCUACACACCCACGUAUGUUCAGCCUACAAAAAAUAGUUGAGAUCUCAUACUACAACAUGGGUCGCAUUAGGCUGCAGUGGUCCAGGAUCUGGGAGGUUAUUGGAGACCACUUUAAUAAGGUCGGCUGCAAUCCCAACGAAGAUGUAGCAAUUUUUGCAGUGGAUUCUCUCAGGCAACUAUCCAUGAAAUUCUUGGAGAAAGGCGAGUUGGCUAACUUCAGAUUCCAGAAAGACUUUUUGAGACCUUUUGAGCACAUCAUGAAGAAGAACAGGUCUCCCACCAUCAGAGAUAUGGUAGUACGAUGUAUAGCCCAGAUGGUCAACUCCCAGGCAGCGAACAUUCGUUCAGGAUGGAAGAACAUUUUCUCCGUCUUCCACCUGGCUGCGUCUGACCAGGACGAGAGCAUUGUGGAGCUGGCCUUCCAAACCACCGGCCAUAUCGUCACGAAUGUAUUUGAGAAGCACUUUGCGGCUACAAUCGACUCCUUCCAGGAUGCCGUCAAGUGUCUGUCAGAGUUUGCCUGCAAUGCCUCCUUCCCAGACACCAGCAUGGAAGCCAUCCGCCUCAUCCGACACUGCGCAAAAUACGUCUCAGAGAGGCCACAGGCCUUCAAAGAUUACACCAGUGAUGACAUGAAUGUAGCACCUGAAGAUCGUGUGUGGGUUCGGGGAUGGUUCCCAAUACUCUUUGAGCUCUCCUGCAUCAUCAACAGGUGUAAACUGGAUGUCAGGACCAGGGGUCUCACAGUGAUGUUUGAAGUUAUGAAGACUUACGGACACACCUUUGAAAAACACUGGUGGCAAGAUCUGUUCAGGAUUGUCUUCAGGAUCUUUGACAACAUGAAGCUGCCUGAGCAACAGACUGAGAAAGCAGAGUGGAUGACCACGACAUGCAACCAUGCACUUUAUGCUAUCUGUGAUGUCUUCACUCAAUACUUUGAGUACCUCAAUGGCCUACUGUUGGAUGACAUCUUGGCUCAACUUUACUGGUGUGUGCAGCAAGACAAUGAGCAGCUCGCCCGUUCGGGCACCAACUGUCUAGAGAACGUGGUCAUCCUGAACGGGGAGAAGUUCUCCCCAGAGACCUGGGACAAGACAUGUAACUGCAUGCUGGACAUCUUCAAGACCACAAUCCCCCAUUCGUUGCUAACAUGGAGACCUGCAGGAGCAGAAGAACACUUUGCAACACACAACAUGUCUGACAAACAGCUGGACUCAGUUUCCCAGAAGUCCAUAGACAUUCAGUCCCGUUCUGAGGACCAGCAUUCCAUCAGCAGUGCAGAAAGGGUUGCUACAGAGAACCGUCGACAGAGUCAGCACAGCUCAGCAUCGGGCAUGUAUGAGGACAGCUCCAGAGGCAGGACCCCAACCAAGUUCCAGGAGCAGCGUUUGUUCUCAGCUCUGCUGAUAAAGUGUGUGGUUCAGCUGGAGCUGAUCCAGACCAUCGAUAACAUUGUGUUUUUCCCAGCUACCAGCAAGAAGGAAGAUGCUGAGAACUUUGCUGCAGCUCAGCGGGAUGCUGUGUGUGCAGCAGAUGUACCAGUGGAGACCCAGGAUCAAGGCAUGUAUCGUUAUCUGACCUCAGAGCAGCUUUUCAAGCUGCUGGACUGCCUGCUGGAGUCCCACUGCUUUGCCAAGGCUUUCAACUCCAAUAAUGAGCAGAGGACCUUGCUGUGGAAAGCAGGUUUCAAAGGAAAGUCGAAACCCAACUUGUUGAAGCAGGAGACCAGCAGUCUGGCAUGUGGGCUGCGCAUCCUGUUCCGUAUGUACACAGACGAGAGCCGCCAGGAUGCCUGGGAGGAGGUCCAGAGACGACUGCUCAAUGUGUGCAGUGAGGCUGUAGCAUACUUCCUGGCUCUGACCUCAGAAAGCCACAGAGAGGCUUGGACCAACCUGCUGCUGCUCUUUCUCACCAAGGUGCUAAAGAUCAGUGAUGAAAGGUUCAAGGCUCACGCGUCCAGGUACUACCCUCUCUUGUGUGAGAUAAUGCAAUUCGACCUGAUCCCUGAGCUCCGGGCUGUUCUGAGGAAGUUUUUCCUUCGCAUUGGCCUCGUCUUUCACAUCGCACAGCUGCCUGAGCCCGAACCAGACUCUGAGCGGGGGCAUGUUGAGCCCGUGUCCGACCCAGAGGUGGGGGAGGAGGCUGGGGAGGAGGCCCAGUGAUGCUGCACCACAGACAGUCUGGAAUACAAAACUUCACUGAGGCCUCCAUCACAGAUCUGUGUGGCUGUGUGCCACGCUGCUUCAGGGCCCUCUGUGCAUUUUAUGCCGAACACUUGAGUCAAACAGCUGAUUAUUGGUCAGCUGUCUGUUAACACCCCCCCCCUACACAAACACACACACUCUUAACCCUGCCCCCACACAGAACCACCUAUUACAAACGAAAUCCCCAGACAGAGCACUUGAUAUCAUAAUUUAAAACAAUGUCUUGUACCAGGUGUAGCAUUGCCUCCACUGGAUAAAACUACUGAUCAACAACUGACAGUUACCCAUAUCUCUGGUGAUCAGAACAAAUAUAUUUCAAAACGUGUGCUUCUUACUGUAUAUUUAAAAAGUAAAAAAUGAAUGAAUGGUUUCAGCAACAUGCAAAACAACAUAUUCAGUAACAAUGAAAUGUGACGGGUGUCACACAUGGAUAAAAAUGAUUUCUCUGUCUGCACUGCAGAUGGCUAACAUUAGUAUUGAUAGCCUCCUGGAGGAAACUAGAUGUACAGAUCUGCCGCAAUGUAAUAUAAUCUUAUAACACUAGAAUUUAGGGUUUUUUUUUUUUGUUUUUUUUUUUCCUCUCUGAAUUUGCUGCACUUGAUCUCAUUUUUUGAAUGCACUGGAGAUUUUACUUUUGUGAUAAUUUAUUUGACUGCACCACCUCUUGCAGAUCCUACACAGUACGACUUGUAAUUAAAGCAGACCAUGGAACGCAAUGGGUUAAAUUAUUCCAUUUUAUAUUUUCUUAGGUUUUUAACAGAGAUAGAUGACAACUGCGCUUGUGGAACUUGAGGACAAGAUGGCAAACUGAUGCUAGCUGCUUUUGAGUCACUAGUCUGUUUUCUGUUAUUGUGUGAGUUUAGUUUUCACUCUUGUGUACAAAAUCAAAAGUUAAUAAUAUAUUUAAUGUUUUUUGGGUUUUUUUCCCUUUGGUUUGGGGGAAGGUAAUAUGUAUAGAGAAAAUGGCAAAGUUAGCUGUGCUUUAAGUAUGAAUGGGAUGCAUUCCUGCUCAUGGAUGUAGAAAACAAAAUGUAUAUGAUACAGCAAUGUAAAGUUUUCUAUGUUGCAAAAGAUUAUUUACAACUUUCUGUACAUCAUCUGGCAUUCUAAUGAGGUUCUAGGUCAAUAAAGUUUUUGAACUUG